AUGUUGAUCAAAGUCCGAACCCUUACCGGCAAGGAGAUUGAGCUCGAUAUCGAGUCAGACUACAAAGUGUCGAGAAUAAAAGAGCGCGUCGAAGAGAAAGAGGGUAUUCCGCCUGUGCAGCAGCGUCUGAUUUUUGGCGGGAAGCAAAUGGCCGACGACAAGACUGCCGCCGAAUAUAAUCUCGAAGGAGGCGCGACGCUGCAUUUGGUUCUGGCUUUGCGUGGUGGACAAUAA